AACGACAAAAAAAUGGUUUGUAAAAUUUGAGCCUCGUGUCCUGUCCAACCAUUAAAAAAUAAUCUGGAAUUUUUCUGGUUACCAUUUUGCCAAGAGGAAAAGGAAUUUGGAGAAUGGCAAUGGCAGCAUGCAACAUUGGCCUCGGUUCCUCAUACCACAAGACGACGUCGCUUGAGGUUUCGUGCAGUAGCAGGAAGAGAGACAGAGAUCGAGAUAGAGAACGCGGUAGCAGCAGCAGCAGCAGUAUCCACGCUUACAAAGUGGUUGAGAUUACUCCUCCUCCCAAGUCUCUCGGUGUUCGUUGCUUACCCCCUCAGAACUUGCAAUGUGGGGAGAGUGUGACAAUAGAAGGACAAGCUUAUACUAUAUCAGCGGUAACACAUCGCUAUCAGCUUCGGAAGGGAAAAUAUGAACCAAGUGAGAAGAGACUUGAUGUUUUGUCCACAGGAAGAUACUUAGUAAAUUUAUAUUUGGAAGAUUUAUUAGAACAAUCUUGAUGACUGCAUUUAAUCAUGUUCCUUUUUUUUUCAAGAUGUAAUUCCUCUAUUUUGUGCUUCUUCGUUAACAUCUUCCAGAACCAAUGACCUAUCAAAUGAGUUUCAUUUAUAGAAAGAAAAAAAAAAUAUGGCUUGUACAA